UGAAGCGUACAGGAAUUAAUCGCAAGACGUAUACACACGAGCCUAUUAUGGAAAUAGGCGAAACCACAAGGGUUAAAGUGUAUAACUCGCGAGGAGAUAAGAUUUCAUCUCUUUUCUUCCCACCGAUAACCGCCUCGUCGCCGUUUUGGUUCGACGAGUCCGCCGUCGUCUCCACCAUGGGAGCCACGCUAGAUGGAGUAGUCGCCUCUCGGGCGAGGCCGGAAUACGGCUCGGGCGGCAGACGGCCGCGGGGCACGACGCGACACACGACCAAGCGCGGCGCGACACAAGGAGGCGCCCGGGCGCGGGUCGUGGGGCGCGGCGCAGAGAGGCGGCUGGACGGACGGCCGCUGGGCGCGUCGCGGCACAAGCCGGCGAACAUGAGGGCGGCCAAGGCCUGGCGUAGGGCGGGCGCGCGCGAGGGCGGCCAAGGCCUGGAGCUACCGGGGCGGCCGCUCGACGGUGGGCUCGCCAGCCGGACGCUGAGGGUCAAGAGGCCGCGGCUAACCCCCGCGCGCAGUAAAGACGGAGGCGUGGCAGGGGAGCCGCGACCCGUGGAGGACAGUAUGCGCCGGGAUAUCGUCCUCUUCUGCGGGUGCGGCGACCACGACGACCGCCGGGGUCGGGGAUGGCAGCGAUGCGUCUCGGGCUCGUCGUCAUCAAGGACGACGAUGUAGUUCCCUGAAGGCGGGUCGACAUGCAGCGUUGGGGUUGCCGGACCUGCGUACAAUCAGGAGGCCAGCGCCGAUGCGAGAGGCGUGGCUGACUGCGUACAUCGACAGUGACGAAGGCCUGCGCGGCCGACACAAGGGCUUGCACCGGCAUGCUCGCGCUGCUUGCUGGCCGUAGGUCAUCCAUGCCAUGGAUGCGGACCGAGGCCGCAGCUUCUGGUCUUGGAUACGAGACCGCAUCAUGGACAAUCUUACUUCACCGUUGCGAAAUCCACAGGAACAAGAUGUCGAGAGACUCACCGCACCUGGUAUGUGGACGCCUUGGGCUGAUGCGGGAGGUCGAAGGCACAUGACCUGCGCCGUCGUGCCGUUCUGCAGGACAAAGCAUGCUCGCACCAUGCGCCGGAGAGCGUGGACUGCCUAGCGGCGAACAUGUGUGAAAUCGCUCUGCCGGAGAGCGUGCUGAUAACGUGUUAGGGUAAAACGAGAUUGAAUGAAAUUGAAUCGACGAUUAGUCCUGAUUUCUA